GCCAGUUUCCAGAUUGGGCGGUUCGGUUAGAACGGCAGUUGCCCGGAAGAAGAAAACGAUCUCACCGAGGGGCCCAUCAGAGAGGGAUAGCGGCGGGAUUUCAUGAAAAGAUUUGAACUUUGACGAUCUUAUCUCUUUUUCCCUUGCUUCACUUCCGCCUGAACAAGCGGGGCAUAAAGAAGGAGAAGCACUCGCCAUUUUCCUCUCCUUCUCAACCCCUUCUGGUCAGUGAUUCAGUGUUGCAGCAAGUUCUCAAGCAGCGCUGCCUUGUUGAUUCCGGUGAUUCUUCGGAGAUCUGCUUGAUCCUGGGCAGAAUCAAGUAGAGGAAGUAGCAAAAGGAAGCAAUUUCGACGCCGUAUCCUGCGGGGUAUUGGGUAUAGGCGACAAAGGAAAGUGCAAAAUGACUCGGAAUUUCUCCCCAGUUCUAUGCACGGAAUUGGCCAAUCUCGACAAAGAUGCUGACAGUCGUAAAUCGGCCAUGAGAGCCCUGGAGUCUUAUGUGAAAGAGAUGGACUCGGGUUCUAUCCCUCUCUUCCUUUCACAGCUCUCGGAAAUCAGAGAGACUGGUACUUUGUCCGAGGAAUUUGGAGUUUCUCUCUAUGAAGUUCUUGCUCGGGCUCAUGGAGUUGAUAUCAUUCCUCACAUUGACAGCAUCGUGGAAGCUAUUGUGAGGACCUUAGGUUCUAGUGGAGGGUCGUUCCAUCUUCAACAGGCAUGCUCUAAGGUAAUUCCCGCGAUUGCAAGAUACUGCAUCGACCCUGUAACAGCAGAGGACAAGAAGAGGGAUAUAGUCCACAGGCUGUGCAACCCUCUCUGUGAGUCUCUUCUGGGUUCACAAGAGAGCCUAAGUGCGGGUGCAGCCCUUUGUUUAAAGGCUCUUGUGGACUCGGACAAUUGGCAGUUUGCUUCUGAUGCAAUGGUGAACAAGGUAUCUUUGAAUGUUGCUGUGGUUUUGGAUGUGAAGUCGAAUCAGACUAAUACACACAUGGGACUUGUGAUGGCAUUGGCAAAGAAAAAUGCCCUGACCGUGGAAGCUUAUGCAAGAUUGUUGAUAGCGUCUGGUUUGAGAAUCUUGAAUGCUGGAGCAAAGGAGUGUAACUCGCAGAAGAGGUUGUCUGCUAUUCAAAUGGUGAACUUCUUGAUGAAGUCCUUGGAUCCUCGGAGCGUAUACUCCGAGCUUGAUCUGAUAAUUGAAGAGAUUGGGAAGUAUGAGUCUGCUGAUCAGAUGGCUUUUGUCAACGGGGCAGCCUCUGAAGCUCUGCAAACUGCGAGGAGAAUCAUCGCCGAGAAAGAAAGGAAAUCUGAGAGGGAUUCGACACCUAAAUCGAAGUCAAAUUUUGUUAAUUCCUCGAGGAGAAACUAUCUUGGCUGUAGUAACCAAUCGCCCGAAUCGCACAGCCUAGGUUCCCUUUCCGGGUCUGACUCUCCGCUGGGACUACCAAACACACCAAGUCAGGUUUCUUCAGAGUUGGACUGUGAUAAUAGGUCUGUGAAGCAGAGAGUACGGAGGUUUGAGAAUGGACUUGUCGAUGUGUCUCUAAGGGAUGGAUUGUUUUCGGAGUUAAGUCGCGGGAAUGAUGGAUAUACAAAUUCUGAGAACUGUAGAAGUCAGGAGACGGAUGAUCAUGGAGGAAACUGCUCAGAGGAAUUCACUGGGUUUGCACUAGGAAGCCCCCUAAAUGGGGAGGUAUCAGAGAGCCUGACACCGAGUCCAAGAAGUCAGGAGAUGGAUCACAGUAAUGGAGGAAAUAGCUCGGAGGAAAUCGUAGAGUUUGUGCAAGAAAGUGCCUCAAAUGGAGCAGAUUCUCGAAGUCUGACACCAAGUCUCCAGAGGUUAUCAUCCAAAUUUUAUAUUGGGAACACUCAUAUGUUCACAUCUCCAAGAAUAAAUGUCCACUCACUUCAGCAUACAAGUCACAGUAAUUCUGGAUCAUCGGAGGAGAAGCAGAGUGAGAUGUUUACAAGCUCGCCUUCGAGCAAAUGUGACUGCAGUCAAACAGGAAGUAAUGACUUCAAUGCGUAUCUAAGUGAUCCCAAUGGAGAGCUCGUAGAGCAAGAGAAUGGAAAUGAACAUCUCGGUGUAGAGCAGAUUCAAUUUGGCUCAGAAUCAGUCUUGUCAACAGACACGGCUGCUGCUGCUGGCUUAAUGCAUCAGCUGGUGAUCCUUGAUGAUAAGAAGAUAAAGCAAACACUCGACAUAAAGACUCAGAGGAGAAGUUAUACCCGGAUCUGCAGCAUAUUAUUUCUUCUGCUGGCAGUGAUCAUUUCAUUGCUCUGGAUCAAUGACAACAAAGAGGUUCGCCAUGUUGUGCCAACUUGAGUCUCGGUCAUAUUAUAUUGCAUAAGAGAGGUCAGCAGUCUACUAUAGAGCAUUUCUUUUGUCAUGUAAGCCGUAAUAUGUACUACCAUGUAUGCUCAAUAAAGGAAAUCUUUAUCA